GUGGGUAAAGAAACCACCGCAUGGGAGAGCCAAGGUUAGUCAUUAACCCCACCUCCUCCUCCCCAGUAACUCAGGGCACAGAAGGAAAAGCGGACAAGCACUCUCUACCCGAGGCAUGCUGCCUCUCAGCCGUCACAUCUCAGCAUGGGAGACCGCAACCACCUCUCACACCACCGGGCUUUGUCCCUGGAGGACGGCGCGUCAGUCGUGUUCCACAAAGUAGGCAGCAGCGGCAGCGGCAGCGGCGGCGAAGAGAGCGGCAGCAGCGGCGGCGAAGAGAGCGGCAGCGAUGAGCGAACAGAAGCGACAAUUUACCUGCAGGGUAAUAAUAACUGCAACGAUGGGCAGAAAACAACGCUGUGCCCGCCGGCGUGUUGCGUCAGGAGCAGGCUCCCUGCAGGUGGAGGUGAAGGUGAAGGAUCAGAGAAACCAACGACAUGUCCAGGUCUCGGUUUGUUCUAUGCUUUCCUGUCCACAGUCUUCUUCUCCAUCAUUGCGCUCUUAGUGAAAACCAUCGAGGGAAUCCACGCCAUAGAGAUCAGCGCCAUACGCUGCUUCUUCCAGAUGCUCUUUACUAUGCCGUUACUCAUCUACCACAAGACAGGUUUCCUUGGUCCCAGGGACAAACGUAUUUACCUGGUGCUUCGGGGCUUCAUUGGUUCCAAUGCCAUGAUCCUGCUCUACUAUGCUGUUCAGCAGAUGCCGCUGGCGGACGCAACAGUCAUCAUGUUCAGUAAUCCCGUCUUUACCUCCAUCCUGGCCUGGAUCUUCCUGAAGGAGAGGUGUACGAUCUGGGACUUAGUCUUCACUGUUUUUACCAUCAGUGGAGUCCUCCUCAUCGCCCGGCCACCGUUCCUCUUUGGCGAGCAUCGGCGCGGCAUUGAGGGCAACUACGCUAACCACAUCAAGGGGACCAUCGCUGCCUUCGCAGGAGCUAUCGGGGCUGCUUUUACAUUUGUUGUCCUUCGCAAGAUGGGGAAGAGCGUCCAUUACUACCUCUCCGUCUGGUACUACGCUGUCAUUGGUUUCAUCGAGUGCAUCAUCACCUUAUCCGUCCUCGGGGAGUGGAAAAUCCCGUACUGUGGCCGCGACCGUUGGAUACUGAUGCUGAUCGCUGUUCUGGGCAUCGCCGGCCAGACCUUCCUCACGAAGGCCCUGCAGAUUGAGAAGGCCGGACCCGUGGCCCUGAUGAGGACUAUCGAUGUGGUGCUGGCAUUCAUCUUCCAAUUUAUUUUCUUCAACCGCGCACCGACCAUGUGGAGCCUGGGAGGGGCGCUGUGCGUGGUGCUGAGCACUAGUGGAGUAGCACUACAGAAGUGGUACAGCAACUCUCGCAAGAGCUGAGAAGAAGAAGAAGAAGAAGAAGCAACAUUUGAUACUUUGGUAUUAAUAUUUAUUCUUUUUUCACUAUCAUAUGUUUUUCUGUAUUUUACUUGUUAAUUACAUGGAAACCUGUGAAGAAGUUUAAACCCUUUUGAGAGUUAAAAGAAUAGAAAUAUAGAAGGAUAAUCUAGCUGGGUCAGUUAUUACUUUAUGAUAGUUUUAAAUUCUAAACGUUACAUACAUGAAGGAGCCUGAGCAGCUAACUUACUGCCUUUUCAGAACAGAUUUCCUGAUUUCUUCUCAAUAACAUGUUAACAACAUUAAUAAGACUGGAAGUUGAAUUUCACCAUAUUUAGGCAGUUUUAUGAAGGAAAUCUUCAGCCCCAUUUUACAUUUGCUUUAGUCUGAAUAAAAUAGCCAAAGAGAGACAUUUACUGAAUGGGGACCAUCCAUACUGUGAUGCAUUACUUGGCAAUAAUGGUAUACUGAAAAGAAUACAAUAUUACAUAUUUCAUUUGAUUGUAGUACCCACUAGGCACUAUCGAGUGAGUAUCUGCACAAAAACACAAAUUUUGCUGGCAAUACAAAUAGGAUCACUCUGCCAAUAAGAAAAGGAAAUAAAAUGCAAACAAAAUAAGCAGUAUAAGCACUUAAAAACACUGUUUCGUUUAGCAAAAAAAAAGUGUUUAUUAGAACGACAACAACCACAAAAAAGGCUGAAAAAAAAAUCCCAAAAUGUGUUACAAGUUUUUACUUGAAAAUAGCUGUACAAUUCUCUCAGGGAUCUUUUGUCUAACUGCUUUUUAAUGCCCUAAUAUGAAUUACACCUAAAUCCAAUCCAUGGUGAAUGUAUUCCUUUGUGACAGGAUAAUAUCCAUUAUUAUUAUCCAAUCCAUAGUUAUCUUUGAAGUGCCUUAAGCAGGGAACUUUAACCUCCAGCUUCCCUUAGCGCAGCUGCUCAGUUACCAGCAACUUCUUCUGUGCAGCUCUCAGGUGUGAGUCUGCAUAGUUGUGAAUAUGAAAUAGGCUGUUUUUUUUUAAAAAGUCAACCCAUUAACUAAUGAUUUUUUAGAAUGAAAGAUCAAGUCCAACAGCGUUUUUAAUGAGGCACCUAAGGCCUGACUGUUAACUGACGGUCACAGUGAUUUCGUCAUUAGCUCAGGAGAAGUGAACUCAUCUCUCCAUUAUGUUGGCAAGCACUUAAUGUCAUCUUAAAGCAUCUAAUUAGUGUUCUCAAGUCUCAGUCUAAAAAUAUAUUUUCCAUGAGGCUCAGACCCGGGUUGUUGUUUGCACUUUGUCUUUGCUAGAGGGUAAAAAAGUGUCAGUAACCUGCCACUAUAAUUGAGCAUUUGAAGUAAGCACCCACACAGCUGCACUGCUGAGGAUUGCUGGAUGAUAACCUCCCCUUUUCUGAAGAGGAAAAAUGAGAGAUGAAACUACAUCAAAACAGUGCAGGUUGUUUAAUAGAGACAUCCCCCGGCCUGCAUCAGUCAGUUGAAUAGUGAAACAGUUACACUUUGUCAACUGUCAAAGGCUGAUGUUGAGGUUUUACACUUGAGUAUAUGUGUUAUUGUGAUAAACCCAGUGACUCAAAACAGCCAUCUGUGAUUCUUGUUGUGCAACGUACAAGACGACGUAUGAUCGCCAUCCAUAAGACGGUUAGUUGUAUAUGGCUGAAAAAUAAUAAGUGAGACUUGAAAAUAGUCUUAUUUUGCAUUUAAAUAUUUAAAAACCAGAAACAUUGUGCUAUAAGCACUGUUGUGUUUUGUCCUUUGGCAUAAAAUGUUGUUUUGUAUGUGACUGUCCUCAGCUGGAUUUUGAAUUAAGGCUGAAUUGUAUGUACUUGUUUGCGGGAAAACACAGAAAUACUUUUAUUUCAAGAGAUGUGGGUUUUUAAGCACUACAUGUGUGUGUUUCAUAUAAACCAUACUGUAUUUUUAGCAUUUAGCAAGGAGUUUUCCACUGUCAUGACUGAUGAAGUCGCAAUACAACGGCAGUCCUCUGUUGUGGGAAUGUUUAAUUGGGUGAAAUACAGCUAAGAAAGGAAGUCAAUAGUACUUCUAGACUGCUAUUUAAUAUCCAGUUUCUUCCUUUCCCACUCUGUUGUUUCUGGUCUCUUGGGUUGAGACCUGUGUCAGCACAGCUGCAUCAUCACACGCCUCCAAUUAUAUAUAUUUUUCGUAUUAUUAUUCUCUACAUUAAGAGAAACAAAGAUUCCAAGAGGAAUACUAGAUUAACAAUGGAAAUCUCUAUGCUGGAGAAAGCACUCUCUUAUGAGCGCACAUUUGCUGUGGUUAUUAUGUUUAUGACUGAUAAGACAUUUUUAUGACCAAUACCAGUUAUUAAUAACAAUCUAUAUCAGUUAAUUAAAUUCUGAUCAUACCUAAUAGAGUUGAAUAUAGUUGAACGAUUAAUUUCGGUUCAUUGUAAAAAGAUGAUUAAUCUUUCAAGUGAUGAACAGCGACAUCAGUUAAAGUGGGAAAUAGAUAAAAUCACAUGUGAUCCCAGUAUAAUAAUUUAGUGUGGAGGAGAAAUUUGAAAGACACUGUAACAAUAUUUUUUAAUUAUUGUUUGUAGUACUGUAAACUGUUAUGGUCACUUAAGACGUUGUGACGAUAAUUUUGCUUUCUUUUUUAUUUUCUUCGACGGAUUUUAGCUUUACCUCAGAAUAUUAAUUUAGUUGACUUGAAUUCUAGUAGCGUAAGCAAAAUGUUUUUCGUUUCCAUAAAAUUGUUAAAAAAAAUAUUUCAGGACCUAUAAGCCUUACAAAAAAAAGAAAGUAGUUUUUCAGGUUUUUAAAACUAUGCUUUAAUAGUAUUUAUUUUACUAUUUCUGUAAUUCAUUACAUCAACAUAUUCUAUAAGAUGUUUAUAUUUCUGC